AUGUUUGUGAUGGAGGGUACUUUCGAUGAAGAGGAGUUUUUGAGUCUUAGACUAGCCAUUGUUACAGAUUCGGGGCGUGAGGAGAAGAGGAAAAGAAAGAGAAGGGAAGCUUCGAAUCCUUCGGAUUCAAGUGAAAGUUGUGAAGAGGGUAAAAUAUUUAGCCUUCUUCAAAUGAGAGAACAAAUGAUAAAGGUGGAUCAAAGGAGAAAAGAAAUGGCUGAAGAUGGUAAAGGCCUUGAGUUGAUCCAUUUGCUGCUCAUUUCCGCCACGUCCAUUAAUGAAAAUAACAUUAACUCGGCCGUGGAUAGCCUCUUCGACUUGUACCAGAAUGUUUCCUUAACAGGAGAUUCAGUCCAAAGAGUUGCUGCUUAUUUUGCUGAUGGAUUGAUUGCAAGGCUUCUUACGCGAAAAUCGCCAUUUUAUGACAUGAUAAUGAAGACUCCAACUCCUGAAGAAGAAUUUUUUGCCUUUAUAGAAUUGUAUAAGGUUUCUCCAUUUUAUCAAUUUGCACAUUUCACAGCCAAUCAAGCCAUUCUUGAGGCCUUUGAGAGAGAGGAACCCAAUAAUAACCGCGCAUUGCACGUAAUUGAUUUCGACAUCUCAUAUGGAUUCCAAUGGCCUUCUCUAAUGCAAUCUCUUUCAGAAACUGCAACAAUUUCUAACCGUAUUUCGCUGAAAAUAACAGGCUUCGGAAGAACCUUGGAAGAACUGCAGGAAACUGAAACAAGACUAGUGAGUUUCGCAAGAACUUUCCACAAUCUGGUUUUCGAAUUCCAUGGCCUGGUAAGAGGAUCCAAGCUUGUAAAACUCAAGAAAAAAAAGAAUGAAACUGUUGCAGUGAAUUUAGUUUUCCAUCUGAAUUCAUUGAACAGUUUUUCCAUGAUAUCAGAAACCCUAAAAUACGUGCGUUCACUUAACCCUUCAAUUGUUGUACUGGUGGAACAAGAAGGAAGUCGAAGCCCUCACAACUUUUUAUCAAGAUUCAUGGAAUCAUUACACUAUUUUGCAGCCUUGUUCGACUCGUUAGACGACUGCCUCCCACUCAAUAGUGCAGAAAGGUUUCGGAUCGAAAAAAACCAUCUCGGGAAAGAGAUCAAAUAUGUAAUGAAUUCCGAUAAAGAAAACGAGAAAAGUCCGAGGUUUGAGAAGAUGGAGACAUGGAAAGGAAGAAUGGAGAAUCACGGUUUUUCGGAGCUUAAACAAAGUUCAAAAUCUGUAAUGCAAGCAAAAUUGCUGCUGAAAAUAAGAAGCCAUUGUUCUGCAACAUAUUUUGAUGGAGAAAAUUGUGGCUUCCGAGUUUUUGAAAGAGAUAAUGGGAAUGCAAUUUCUCUUGGAUGGCAAGAAAAAUUUCUGUUAACUGCAUCUUCAUGGUGCUGUGUAUGA